AUGGACAAAUUUCCUGGGGCAGUUGAAACAGCUGCCGUGGCCGGGGCUGUUCUUGCAUCGGUGUGGUUCCUGCGGCGUGGCCGGCCUGCUUCCUACCCUGGCGAUGCAGUUCCGGAAAGUAGCAGGCUUCGGGCUGAUGCGAAGUUGAAGCCCGUCGCGAGCAGAAUCGUCGAGGGAGGCUGGAGACCCAAGGAGGAAGCACAACCGAAGAACGAACUGUUGCCUCACGAAGUCUCCGGCCAGCAAGUUUGGGAGUUCGUGGGCUCCACAGAAACUGACAUGGAGCCUUUUCGUCCUGAAGCUAACCCGAACAGCGCAGAUUGCAUCUUCCGACGCGCCAAGCUGAAUGCAUGGACCGGCCCGAAGCCAGACACCGCACAGCCAGCCGAUGUGAAUGCCGCACUCCACAAGGGCUUCGAGUUUUACAGAAUGCUUCAGUGCGAUGAUGGCCAUUGGGCAGGCGACUAUGGUGGACCACACUUUCUUCUGCCUGGCUUCGUCAUUGCAGCGUACAUCACCGGUCAUUUGAAGACGAUGUACUCAGACUCACAUUGCCAAGCCAUUCAGGCAUACCUUCUGAACCAUCAGCAGCAGGAUGGCGGCUGGGGUUCCCACAUCGAAUCUCCGAGCACCAUGUUUGGAACUGUGCUGAACUAUGUUGCAUUGCGCUUGGCGGGAGUGGAUGCCGAUGAUCCUGCAUGCAAGAAGGGCCGCGAGUUCAUGCAGCAACAUGGGGGUGCCCUCUAUGCACCAUCGUGGGCCAAGUUCUGGCUGGCAUGCCUUGGGGUCUAUGACUGGGAUGGCAUUGCUCCAGUCCCGCCAGAGAUGUGGAUGCUGCCGAGCUGGUUCCCCCUUCAUCCUGGAAGGUUCUGGUGCCACUGUCGGAUGGUCUACCUCCCCAUGUGCUGGCUCUACGCGCGGCGCUUCACCUUCAAUGCUGCGCAGGAUCCUGUGGCCGCGGCCUUAAGGUCUGAACUCUAUGGGGGGCAGAAGUACAGCGAGAUCCCGUGGAGGAAGCACGUGCACAGCUGUGCCGACAUCGACAACUACAGUCCGAUCCAUCCGGUCAUGAGACUGAUGCAGGACGUGUUGCUGGUCUACGAGCGCUUUGGGCCCUGGCAAUGGCUGAGGAAAGUUAGCUGCGACUUUGCCCUGGAGUACAUGUACGCCGAGGAUCUGGAGACGAACUACUUGACCAUUGGCCCGGUCAGCAAGGCCUUCCACAUCCUCGUUUCCUGGGUCGCCGCUGGGGGCGAGACGAAGCCCAAAGAAGCCAGCGAAAGUCGCCCUUUCCAAGCCCAUCUGGCCAGGGUCCCGGCGUACAUGUGGGUCGCCGAGGACGGCAUGAAGGUGCAGGGCUACAACGGCUCGAUGGCUUGGGACACCGCCUUCGCGGUGCAGGCCGUCGUUGAGGCUGGCAUGGUGGAAUCCUACCAGGACAUGAGCACGAGAGCCUGGGGCUGGCUCGUCAAGGAGCAGGUGAGGAGCCUGCCUCACGGGGACUGGCGUCACUUUCGGCAGCCGAUUCAGGGCGGCUGGGGCUUUAGCACCGCUGAACAGGCCUGGCCGGUCUCUGACACCACCGCGGAGGCCUUCAAAGCUGUCUUGCUCCUGCGAAAAGUUCCAAGCAUCAGAUCUGCUGGCCGGGCCAUGCCUGACGAGCAUCUGUGCGACAGCGUUCGGUUUCUGCUCUCCUACCAGAACAACGACGGUGGCUGGGCGACCUACGAGAACAAUCGGGGCUGGAAGUGGUACGAACUUCUCAAUCCCUCAGAGGUGUUUGGGGACAUCAUGAUUGACUACUCCUAUGUGGAGUGCAGUUCUUCCGCCAUGCAGGCACUUGCAUACUUCUCCGAGCAGUUUCCGGAUCACCGGGCGGGUGAGAUCCGGCGUUCCAUCGCGCGUGGUGCUCGUUUCAUUGAGGAAAUGCAACGUGACGAUGGCAGCUGGUUUGGAUGCUGGGGCAACUGCUUCACAUACGGCUGUUGGUUUGGCAUCGAAGGCCUGCUGAUCGCCGGGCGCAAGCCGACCUGCAAAGCGAUCCAGAAGUGCGUGAAGUUCCUUUUAGGGAAGCAGAACCCGGACGGUGGCUGGGGCGAAGACUUUGCCAGCUGCUUCAACCGAGAGUACGCUCCCCGCGAGAAGCUCUAUGGAUGCGAUUCCGGCAGCACCGUGGUCCAGACGGCCUGGGCUCUCCUUGCACUGAUGGCGGCAGACUGCCAGGAGUCCAAGGCCAUUCAGCGUGGAGUGGCCUUGCUCCUCAAGCGCCAGCUGGCUUCGGGCGACUGGGCUCAAGAGAACAUCGCUGGAGUGUUCAACAGAUCCAUUGGCAUCACGUACACUGCAUUCCGGAAUGUGUUCCCUCUUUGGGCGCUGGCGCGCUUCGAAACACAAUAUGGUCCUCGGCACGGGUGCAAGACUUUGAAGACGUGA